AUGACCUGGUGCGAGCCCGCAUUUUUAUUCAGACCUCCUUGGACCCUAUCUCGGUUUCUUGGCGACUUUCAAGGUUGCCUCAACAUCAGCCAACUCUCCACACUCUUAGUUACCACUACCUCACCAUCCCACAGAUCCAGUGCUACCAUCAGCAGCGCUGUUUCUUCCAACUACAACCAAACAACCCACCCACUCUACCACCACCCCUCGACCGCAAAUAUGGGUCUCACUUUCUCGAAGCUGUUUGACCGCCUUUGGGGCAAGAAGGAGAUGCGCAUUCUCAUGGUGGGAUUGGACGCAGCCGGAAAGACCACAAUUCUCUACAAGCUGAAGCUUGGUGAGAUCGUGACCACUAUCCCCACUAUUGGAUUCAACGUCGAGACGGUCGAGUACAAGAACAUUCAAUUCACCGUAUGGGAUGUUGGUGGCCAGGACAAGAUCCGGCCUCUUUGGAGACAUUACUUCCAGAACACCCAGGGUAUCAUCUUCGUCGUCGACUCCAACGAUCGCGACCGUGUUGUCGAGGCACGCGAGGAGCUGCAGCGCAUGCUCAACGAGGACGAGCUCCGCGAUGCGCUCCUGUUGGUCUUUGCCAACAAGCAGGAUUUGCCCAACGCCAUGAACGCCGCCGAGAUCACCGACAAGUKGGGUCUGCACAGCUUGAGGCAACGCGCUUGGUACAUCCAAUCGACUUGCGCCACCUCUGGUGACGGUCUCUACGAGGGUCUCGAAUGGCUCAGCAACUCGCUGCGCAAGGCUGGCCACAACUAG